AAUACGUGUUAUAAAAAAAAAACACAAAAAAACAACCAAAAAAAACAAACAGGAAAUAAAUAUCUGGCUGAAAUUCUACGCCUAAGAAGCAACGACAAACAGAAAAUGGGCCGCGACAAACGAGAGAUGAGGCAUCUAUAGUCCGUAUACGAUCAUCUACUGCGACAUCUAUCUAGCAGUACGACCAGAGUAGUAUACGGGCCACGAUCGAGAAAGACGCAAAAUACCUCGAGUUAUUACAUCGUGAAGAUAGGCCCUCAUGCGCCAAGAAAUAAAAACUUACUUGUACACUCUGGGUUACACGCCUUCGAGACUCGAAGAUCGAGUGACAAGAGAGACCAAGGGGCCCCUUGAGUAAAGUGUGGUUAAUUGUCGACGCAAUUGUUAGAUUUACGCCUCUAACCGAUAAUUAAUACAAAUGUUCUGUGCUAGGUUAUGGAAUCACGUUACAAG